CCGUAAUCGAUUGCCCGUAGAUCAUCGAUCAUCAUGGGCCCAUGUGUAACAUGCAAUCCGUAUUUUCCUAAAAAGGCUAAUUUGCUUGAAGACGGUCGACACUCGAUUCUUGAUUUCCUGACACUCCGUCGUCAAAGCACCCAGCACCCAGAUACUUAAGCAACGCGAUGUCCGUCACUUUAUUCAUCAUCAGCACUAGCGCCCUCAGCCUUCAAACUAAAUAUCUCUGAAUCUCACACUCGUCUCCAAACAAAUAGCUCGAGAUGUCUUACACCACCCUUAACGUUAACACCCACUUCUCCCUCUUCCCCUCCCCGCCUGCAUCCUCAAACGUAUUUGCUGUCUUCGCUCCAACACAAUCCCCACGUGAGACACAUGCGAUGUACGCAGAGUUCCGCCAGGUGCUUGACGCUUCCAACGGGCAAAAGAAGCAGGGCAAGAGCGUGCUGAAGAAGAUCUUUGGUACCAAUUAACAAGUGCCUACAACACGCGCUUUCAAGCGCAUUAUCCCAUCCGAGAUCAAGCUCUCUCGCUCGAUGUGUUGAGAUUAUUCUCAUCUUCCGAGUAACUCCACCAGAAUGAGGCACUGUUUACCACCGCCCUCUCAAACCACCAUAUCGGCGAAGCGCAAGCACAACCACUACAAGCCGCUUACACCCCUUGAUGCGCAUUCGCAUUUAAAAACUAUUCGACAUGUGGAUCGCGUCUUAGAAUUGACAAUCCGGGAAUAGUAUGGAUGAGUUGGGAGGAAAACAGGAGCGCUGCAUACUUGAUAGAAUUCAAAAAAUGCAUCGGACGCAGUCUUCUAAUAUCAUUUCGACAACAACUUAUAUCUGGGACCUGCUUCAAAAUACCAUUGAUCAAUUA